AUGUGGAAACCGUGGGGACAAGCUUACGAAGACCUGGAAACCCAGGGUCCUCAGAAGGUCAAGAGAGAAAGACCGUUUAGAACUCUCCACACCCAUAUUCUGGCUCUGAUGCUUGCUCUGGCUAUGGCUGUGGUUGCUAUACAUUUCUACCUCAAAGCUGCGCAACUUAAUAGAGAAUUCGAGGAGGAGUUUGGACCACGGCUAAUCACCAUCGAGUCGUUAACACACGACGUUUCCAUCAAGCCGAUCCACUCGCAUAACGACGAAUGGAGAAGACAUCCGCUGCUGGAUGCGCUUCGAGCCGGAGCUAACUCAAUAGAGGCCGAUUGUUACUACCGCGAAUCCGACCCAGACACCAUUUUGGUGGGCCACAACCCGUCCUACUUGUCGCGCAAGGCCAACCUCGACGCCAUGUAUCUGGACCAUCUGUUUGAUCUGUUGAAGCAGUCGAAUGCAGGCCCGGAUAGCCGCGAUGGAAAGAACGGGAUCUUUUACACCUCGCCAGAAACCACCACGUAUUUCUACGUGGACAUCAAGAACAACCGGGAACAACUAUUGGAGGUGUUCCAACACAAGCUACAACGGUUCUUGGAUAAUGAUUUCCUCACCACAUACAAUUCCACGUCAGACACGUUCCACGAAGGUCCACUUACGAUUAUUGUCACGGGAGAUGUUCCGUACGACCAAAUCAGCUCGCAGGAGCUCGUUUACACGUUCAUUGACGCUCCGUUGAACGAGCUCGUGGACCCGGAGAAGGCCGCUCUCUACCCCGCCAACAAGAUUUCGCUUUUUGCCUCUGCUUCGCUGGGCCAGCUCACGGGCUCGCAUAAGGCCGUGAGUUUGUUCAAUGGACUGUCCUCGAGUCAGCUCGCCGACUUGGACAAGUUCAUCAAGGCUGCACAUUCGAUCAACCUUAAAACGCGGAUUUGGGACACGCCCAAGUUCACCAAGGCGAUCAAACACAAAGUCUGGAAGCAGCUGAUAGAGUUAGACUCGGACUACCUUAACGUUGACGAUCUCCGAGAAGCUAUUCAUUUUUAA